AAGACGAUAAUUUUUCACGGCAGCAGCAUUCCUUCAACUUCGGCCCACACACCCAACUACCUUGCUUUGAUCGCUCGGUGCUCCGCCAAACGGCACCGUCAUAAUGAACGCGUCACAGCGUCAAGAAUUCUGUGUGCGCUGGAACAGCCAUUUGGGUAGUAUUGGUGCGGCAUUUCCGCAGCUGUUGGCCGGCCAGCGUUUUGUCGAUGUCACAUUGGCGUGCGAGGGACAUCAGGUGCAUUGUCACCGGCUCGUUUUAGCCGCCUGCUCAUCGUACUUCGAAAGUAUUUUGGCUGAGAAUCCAUGCAAGCAUCCGGUCAUCAUUUUGCCCAGCGAAAUCAAGUUGUGGGAGAUUCAGGCGCUAGUCGAUUUCAUGUACAAAGGCGAGGUAAAUGUCACACAAGCCGGUUUGCCGCAACUGCUGCGCUGCGCCGAACAAUUGCGUAUACGCGGUCUUUAUGGUUCGGAUGCUGCAUUGAAUUUGAAUCAGUUAAAAGCUCUAACGAACAAAGCAGCCGCGGCGGCAGCUGCAGCAGCAGCGACACAACAGCAACCCGAUGGCAUUGAGACGGAUACAGACACCGCCACUAAUUCGACGACAACUACGACAGCGACAGCGGCCAGCGCGCUGCAACAAUUGCAAGCUGGAGGCGGCAUGACGACGGCCAUGAUGGUUCAAGAGCUACAGCAACAGCAGCACCACCACCAGCAACAACAACAACAGCAGCAGCAAAAGUAUCAACCGAAAUUCAUGAUCAAGAAGGAAAUACAGACACCGCCAGAAAUAGAGCAGGAACAGCAAAUGGAUCAGCGUCAGCAACAGCAACUGUUGCAGCAGCAGCAGCAGCAGCAACAACAACAACAAAGCAACGGCACAAUCGGACACCACCUCGAACACCAACAACAACAACAACAGCUCUCCCAUCAGCAACAACAACAACAACAGCAACAGCAUCUUCAACAGUUGCAGGCACAACAGCAACAACAACACCAACGGCAGCAGCGCGCACCCCAAGCGACGUUAGCACAUGUCGCAAACGCCGCUGCCGCCAUGGCCGCCGCUAGCGCAACAACAAAUUCGAAUGGCGGCAGCGAAGAAGAUGAAUCAGCCGACGACUCCAACUCGAAUCCAGCAUACGAAGAGUAUGAAAAAUAUGCACUGCAACAGAGGAUCAUGGCAAACAAUCUGAAGGCAUCACAGGCAGCAGUUGGAGCAGGUGGUCAUUUAGACUCUACCGUUGAGGAGGAUCACAAUUAUGUGGCUGCGCACGAUGAGGACAGUAGCUAUUGUGCUGACACUGAACACGAUAACUCAGCAAACGCGUCCUUACUCAACAUGUUGGCUACGCAAGCAAAUAAUAGCAGCGCUGGCGGCAGCGGGGAAAUAGCUGGCUCCUUGAAGCGUGUGCGUCGCUCCGAAGCAUCCCUGGCACAAGCGGCCAAAUGCGUUUCGAAAGGACAAACCUUCCAAACCGUGAGCAACAUGUUCAACAUACCAGUCUCGACAAUACGCUUCUAUAUGGCACGUAAGGGCAUUUUGCCGCGUAGGAAGCGUGGGCGUGGUGCAUCAUCGGCUGUCAGUAACGCGGCUCCCAGCGGAAGUUUAAUGAACACCACAGCAGCGGCGACUAUGUCACAAGCGCUUUCGCAAAUAAAACGUUCAGAGAGCCCCACGGGCUUUCCUGCGCAUCAGCUGGUCAGCAGCGCCAGUGUGGGCGGUAAGGCGCAUAUUUAAUUGACGCAACAAGGAAGACAGAAAGAAGAAGUAGGAAUGUGUUAAGCUUGUAAAGUGCAACAUUAAGCAUUUGGAAACUCUCAACGGUUACGAGUGAGAUUUUACAAAACUAAAACCAAGCGCCAUAUUAAAAAGAAAAGAAAUAAAAAACAUAAAUAUACAUACAUACAUACAUACAUAAAUACUCAUAAAGUAUAUUUAAGUAAGAACGAAAUCAGAAACGCCAAUUUAUGUACUUACAUACAUAAAAAUAUUAUAAAUGCUUUUACAUAAAUACUUGGAUAUAUAUAUUUUUUUAAUUUAACGCUGCUUAAGUAAACUUCAUACAUACAGACAUAUAUUAUAUUCUAAUUUAAGAUGUACAAAGUAUUCGUAAUAUUUAGUUCGCAAUUUAAGUAUUAAAAGUAGUCUUUUUACAUUUACAAACAUACAAACAUUUAUACAUGUAUAUAAAAUGUUAUACAUUUGUUAAGUGCGCGACGACAGUUUGUGCAGCUAACUGUAUCUCAAUGCAAUUUAUAAUAAAAUUCUUUUGUAUGUACCAAACAUUAAUAUUUAAUGUUGUAUUUCUCCGGUUGUUUUUGUGCAUUUGAAUUAUAUUUAGAGCCACGUAAUGAGUUUGGUAAAUAUGAAUGUAAAUAUUCACUUAUAUUAUCAUUUUUUACCGCACAAAAAUAAAUCAAUUGCAUUUUUAUUCUGUAACAGUCACCACUUGCUGCUAGGUAACUAUAAAAUGAAAUGUGUAGUAUUAAGCUUCAACUAAGUCACCGUUAAAGAAGCGUUUAAUGUGCUAGUGUUAAAGUGAAAAAUAUGUGUAUCAAAAAAAAAAAAAAAAAAA